AUGACCUCGCACAAUCCGGCCGUCUCCGGUAGUGGUGGUGGUGGUGUUGGUGGUGGUGGUGGUGGUGGUGGCGGCGGCCACCCACUCGACGACAUCCCCACGGCGCACCCGGCCGGGACCGAUGGAAACAGCAACAAUAGCCUAGACGACGUCUGGGGGGGUUCCGACUACGACCACCAACAUUAUUAUCAUUAUGACCCAGCAGCCCACCAGCAGCACCCUUACCCCUACCAACAACAUCCCCUCACCCCCCACCAGGCCGCCCUCGACCUGGUGGUGAGCGACGUGCCGCGCCUGGCGCGGGCCCACCAGACGGCCGGGUACCGCGACGGCAUCGCCCUGGCCAAGGCGCGCACCGCCCAGCAGGGCUUCGACGAGGGGUACCCACUGGGCGCGCACCUGGGCGCCCGCGCCGGCCAGCUGCUCGGCUGGCGCGGCGUGCUCUACGACGAGGCCCGCCGGCUCGAGGCCGUCCUGGGCGAGGCCAGGCGCGAGCUCGGCGUCGCGGGCGUCUUUGACGGGCAGUACUGGGGCCCCGACGGGACCUGGCGGUAUCAGGUCACCGGUGAUAGUGGUGGUGGUGGUGGCAGCGGUGGUGGUAGUGGCGAUUAUGGGAUGAGUCGUCAGGAGGGGGAGGAGGAGGCGGUCUUCCCGGACGUGGCUGAGGCACAUCCGCUGCUGAGGAAGUGGAGCCGGAUCGUCAGGGCGGAGGCGGCGAGGUAUGGGGUGGACUGGGAGGUGCUUAAGGACGAUGCCGGGGAUGCGAGGGUCAGGAGAGUGGGGGGGGAGGACGACGACGAAGAGGAAUAUGAGAGGGGACGGGAGGGGAGGAUGGGGAGGGAAAGGGCCGGGCAGCAACAACCGCAGCCGGCCGUGCGGGGGAGAGAGGCGUUGGCUUGGUGAGCCCGGGCGGCAGUUGUUUGGGAUGAGUUGCUAGGCGCUGGUCGCCAAACAUUAGAAGAGACAAAAAUGUCUCUUCAAAAAGCACCCACCUGUGCGCAUCAGCAGCCGCCAUGCGGAAUGCCAGGUUCAGGUACGGGCGGCGAGGGUUCCAGGGCCCCAACAGGGCGAGCCUGGGA